AUGCCUCCGAGACAUAACGUGCCCAGUGGAUAUGCCGGCGGAUACGCGAACAUAUCUCGACGAGGUCACGCUCCAGUCGUUCAUGAAGACGCAGACAACCGCCAUAGAUGUCCUUCCUACCACAGAGACGCAGAAAACUGCGCAGUUACAAGGAAAUAUGUAAAGAAGAGUGGCCGGUCACAUCCGCCAUCCGCAAUCGUACGCUCACAGUUCCCUGCUUAUGUGGAAGCGGUGACUUUUUAUGCGGAUUUUUAUGAUGGCAAUUUAACUAGGAGCAGCCAAAGAGGGAGCACAUCACCAAUUUGCGGUUUUUGCUGGCGUAACGUACAGUUCAUGGACGCGUCUGCCUACGUCAAUGAAAACCGCUGCGUUCGAGUAUCAGCUGUUGUCGACUGCGGAUAUCGAUCAACGGCAGUUCUGCGGCACCUCCGCUUCAUGAGUGUUCUUCUUCCGCUCCUAUGCUCAUCAUUUCUACAUGUACUUGGCGAUAUGCAAGAAAAUAGUGCCGAAACUAGCAAUAAUGGGUCCUUAUUCGAUCUUCAGCAAGCCUUGUGGGUGUUCGAUUUUGCUGCUGCGGCCUAUGCGGAAGAUCCGAAUCUUUGCUUGGUACAAUAUGAUGCAUCACUAGUCUACAGAAUAACGUUGCCAUGCGAUUAUUUAAAAGAUGAGUGUUGGGGAUUUGUGGCGAUGAGAGAUGGAUGGAUUAUCGUCGCUUUUCGUGGAACACGUACAAAAAUUCAACUGAUCACUGAGCUUAUAGAAACAAUGAGCGAACCAAAGAAAAGGCUUCGUGCAGGUGGCUCCGUGCAGCAUUACUUCUACGUUGCUUUGGAGGCGAUUUGGAAACCAAUGUACUCGGUGAUUAGGAAGUUGCGAGCGACGUAUCCAUCUUAUCAAAUUGUGUUCACCGGUCAUUCUCUCGGAGGUGCUUUGGCCAGUUUGGCUUCAACGGUGUAUGCUCACAGACACCCAGCACAAAAAGAUAGGAUUCAUCUCAUCACAUUUGGUCAACCAAGAGUGGGUAACUUCGAGUAUGCUGAAACUCACAAUCGAUUGGUGUCAAAUAGUUGGAGAAUAGUCCAUAAAUAUGACCUAGUUGCACACCUACCUGCUUGUGCGUUCCAAAUAUUUUCUCGCUCAUGCACUUCACUUCUAAAUCACUCACCAUAUCAUCACGGCACUGAAGUUUGGUUCCCAUCAAAUAUGACGCAGAAUUCAAUGUUUCGGAUAUGCCAAGGUUCACCCCAGUUCGAGGAUGACAGUUGCAGUAACGGCUAUUACCUUCACUAUGGGGUCAAGGAUCAUAUUCGAUAUUUCGAACAUGAAGUGAGCAGCUACGGUAUCAACGGUUGCGUCGAUUUGCCCGAUCCUCCACUAACACCCCAUCUUACAUCUCAAUUGUGA